UGAGGUUAUAGGUGAGAUGAGGUAGUAUUUAAAAUGUGAUACAUUAAUAGGAAACACAACAAAAUCAUAGGAAAAAAAAAGUUGGUCAUUGAUCGGGGACAAGACGCGGUUCCAAAUCCAUUCGGUCCUCAGCAAACUUUUAGUUGACCCACCACGUGGACACUUUCUGCAUUUUGGCGACGACUCGUUUUGAGGUGGCGUGUGCGUCAUUUGUGCGUUCAGGGGAAGUUUCCCGCAGGCAGACGCCGGCGCGUGUCCUCGCACAGGUACGCGCAGCCAAUGGGGGCGCCCGAGGGAGUGAGCAAACACACCGGGGGCGGCGCACGCCGGCUCACGCACGGGGGCACACCUUCGCGUGCAGAUGAGGUCGGCAACUUGAAGCACAGCAGCGCGCCCGUCUCGUUGCCGGCCGGGGAAUUGCUUCGUCUUCAUCGGGCGGUUCCAGGUGAUCUCGCAGCGAGGAGACGCAUCCAGCCGCCUCGCCUCAGCGUCCCUCCGCGGAAAUCCUUUCAGACCACCCGUUCAAGUCCAUGCGUCCUCAUCUCCUCAUCUAAAACCCCCAAAUCGAGCCCGCCGAGAUGGAAAAUGCGCACACCAAGCCGGCGAGUGAAGUUUUAGACUUCUUCGGCGUCAAUGAAAACACAGGACUGACUCAGGAGCAGGUCAAAGUGCAACUAGACAAAUAUGGACCGAACGAGCUCCCUGCUGAAGAAGGAAAGUCCCUGUGGGAACUGGUGCUGGAGCAGUUUGAAAACCUUCUCGUCAGGAUCUUGCUUCUUGCUGCCUGCGUCUCUUUUGUGUUGGCUCUGUUUGAGGAGGGGGAGGAGACCGCCACCGCCUUUGUUGAACCCGUCGUCAUCCUCCUUAUUCUCAUCGCCAACGCCGUUAUUGGUGUCUGGCAGGAGCGAAAUGCCGAGAAUGCCAUUGAGGCACUUAAAGAGUACGAACCCGAGAUGGGGAAGGUGUACCGCAUGAACCGUAAAGCAGUGCAGAGGAUCAAAGCCAGGGACAUCGUUCCAGGAGACAUCGUGGAGGUGGCAGUCGGUGACAAAGUUCCAGCAGACAUCAGGGUGACAUCUAUUAAGUCCACCACAUUGAGAGUGGACCAAUCCAUCCUCACAGGGGAGUCUGUGUCCAUCAUCAAACACACCGACCCAGUGCCUGACCCCAGGGCUGUCAAUCAAGACAAGAAGAACAUGUUGUUUUCUGGCACAAACAUUGCAGCCGGUCGAGCAAUAGGCGUGGUCGUGGCCACUGGCGUUGCCACGGAAAUUGGCAAAAUCCGCAAUCAGAUGGCGUCGACAGAACAGGAUAAGACUCCGCUGCAGCAGAAGUUGGAUGAGUUCGGCGAGCAGCUCUCCAAGGUCAUCUCCCUCAUCUGCGUGGCGGUGUGGGUGAUCAACAUCGGCCAUUUCGGAGACCCCGUCCAUGGCGAUUCCUGGGUGCGGGGAGCCAUCUAUUACUUUAAGAUCGCAGUGGCCUUGGCUGUGGCUGCCAUCCCCGAAGGCCUGCCCGCAGUCAUCACCACCUGCCUGGCCCUCGGGACCCGUCGCAUGGCCAAAAAGAAUGCCAUCGUGCGCAGUCUGCCCUCAGUGGAGACCCUGGGUUGCACCUCUGUCAUCUGCUCUGACAAGACGGGGACCCUCACCACCAACCAAAUGUCUGUUUGUCGAAUGUUUGUGAUAGACAAAGUGCAGGAUUCAAGCUGCACCCUGCAUGAGUUCUCCAUAACCGGAUCCACUUAUGCACCUGAAGGGCAAAUACUGAAAGGAGACCGGUCAGUCGAGUGUGGAGACUAUGAUGGACUUUUGGAGCUGGCCACUGUGUGUUCCAUGUGCAAUGACUCCUCAUUGGACUACAAUGAGGCCAGAGGGGUGUACGAGAAAGUAGGUGAAGCCACAGAGACUGCGCUUACCACCUUGGUGGAGAAGAUGAACGUCUUCAAAACGGACCUUUCAGGACUCGGCAAGGUGGAGCGUGCUGGGGCCUGCAACUCGGUGAUUAGGCAGCUGAUGAAGAAGGAGUUCACGUUGGAGUUCUCUCGUGACCGCAAGUCCAUGUCAGUCUACUGCACGCCAGUCAAGCCUGGCUCUCAGAGCAAGAUGUUUAUCAAGGGUGCUCCAGAGAGCGUGAUUGAGCGAUGUCAGUACAUGCGUGUGGGAACGGGCAAGGUGGCGCUGACACCCGCAUUGCGUGACCAGCUCAUGGCCAAGGUCCGCGACUGGGGGACAGGCAGGGACACCCUGCGCUGUCUCGCUCUGGCCACGCGUGACAACCCGCCACGCAAAGAAGACAUGGAUUUGGAGAAUUCCAGCAAGUUUGUAGACUAUGAGUUGAGCCUCACUUUCAUUGGCUGCGUGGGCAUGCUGGACCCCCCAAGGAAGGAGGUCAUAGGCUCGGUGAAGCUGUGCAAUGAGGCAGGGAUUCGUGUGAUCAUGAUCACGGGGGACAACAAGGGCACAGCGGUGGCCAUCUGCAGGCGCAUUGGCAUCUUCGGCGAGGACGAGGACGUGACCGGAAAGGCUUACACCGGCCGGGAGUUUGAUGAUCUGUCCCCCGAAGCCCAGAAAGAAGCAGUGAAAUCUGCGCGAUGUUUCGCGCGUGUGGAGCCAGCUCACAAGUCUAAGAUUGUUGGAUACCUUCAGUCCUUUGACGAGAUCACUGCCAUGACUGGAGAUGGUGUGAAUGAUGCCCCCGCCUUGAAGAAAGCAGAGAUUGGCAUUGCCAUGGGCUCGGGUACAGCAGUGGCCAAAUCAGCCUCUGAGAUGGUACUUUCUGAUGACAACUUCUCCACCAUUGUGUCUGCUGUGGAGGAGGGCAGAGCCAUCUACAACAACAUGAAGCAGUUCAUCAGAUACCUUAUCUCCUCCAACGUGGGCGAAGUUGUGUGCAUUUUCCUGACGGCCAUUCUGGGUCUCCCUGAAGCUUUGAUACCAGUCCAGUUAUUGUGGGUUAAUCUGGUGACUGAUGGUCUGCCUGCCACCGCCCUGGGCUUCAACCCCCCUGACUUGGACAUCAUGGACAAACCUCCACGUAAUCCCAAAGAACCUCUCAUCUCAGGAUGGCUUUUCUUCCGCUACCUGGCCAUUGGAGGCUAUGUGGGCCUUGGGACAGUUAGUGCAGCCACGUGGUGGUACCUGUUUGAUGAAGAAGGCCCACAAGUGUCUUUUUAUCAGCUGAGACACUUCAUGCAAUGCACUGAGGAGAACCCAGUGUUUCAGGGAAUAGAUUGCGAGGUGUUUGAAUCCCGCUACCCCACCACCAUGGCCCUGUCUGUGCUUGUCACCAUCGAAAUGUUCAACGCGCUCAACAGUUUGUCUGAGAACCAGUCCCUUGUCAGGAUGCCUCCAUGGGUCAAUAUUUGGCUACUGGGAGCCAUCAUCCUUUCUCUCUCCCUCCACUUCUUAAUCCUUUAUGUUGAGCCGAUGCCACUGAUCUUCCAGGUGACUCCUCUGCGAUGGUCUCAAUGGACGGUGGUCCUGAAAAUUUCAAUCCCUGUCAUCCUCCUUGAUGAGGCACUCAAAUAUAUUUCCAGGAAUCAUCUUGAAGGAGAGGAUGACAAUAAGUACAGAAGGAGAUGGCAGCAGAAUUAACUCGUCUCCCUCGAACACGCUCACACAGUUAGACACAAGCCUUCAUGCAAGCGGCAACACACGAUUUACGAUUCCCUACUCCUGCGUUUCGGAUGAACCACCACCACACGGUCAAGAGGCACACGUGAGAAUGGAUGUGCAAGACAAAGAAAACCGCUGCAAGCUUUGGCUUGAGUGUGAGAGUGAAUGAGGGGGAAAAGGUUUUAGAUGCGUGCAGUUAUUUUUGUUGUUGUUGUUGUUGUUCUUCUUACAGUACAGUAAUGCAAACAUAGCGGUGCAUUCGCUGGACGUGGAAAGAGAGAAGUGGAAUGGGGAUUGAUCAUCCUGGUGUGACAGAGAAGAAAAGCCUUUAUGACACACAGAUGGAAAGAUGAUUGCUGAUUGGUUGCUUUUGUCAAAAUGUGGCUCUUGAGCUAGUGUGUGUGUGUGUGGGGUGGGUGUGUGUGUGGCUGUCAGUCAGGUCACUGUAGAUGGUUACCAAACUUGUGUGUGCAUGUGUGUCCACGAUAAUCUGGUGGUACUGCCCAAGCUUCUGCAAUUCAAUUUUCUCGGCGCACAGUCGUGUCAUAACGUGAUUUGUGGGUCGUCACAGUAAAGCUUCCUCGUCAUUCUUCAUUUUUCCCCUCAAUUCAAAUGGUGUUGCAGUGCUAAACUGUCUUGUUCUGACUGCACUUGCACUUCGUCAGUGUGUAUCGGUUCGCGCCGCUUGUCCGCUUUCUUCAAUGCCUUAUUCGCCGUCCCACCUUAAAGACUUGGCGAAAAAUGAAAAACAAAACGGUCAAUCAUCAAGCAGCCAUGAAACCAACGUACCAGUGAUGUCGUCGUUUGGACUUUUUUGAUUUAUUCCGUGUGCACAAGACUUUUGCAUGAAGUUUCAGAAUGAAAACUGGUCUUCAACCUGUACGUGCACAAAGUACAGGUAUUUGGGUCAUCUCUAAACUGGUUAGUGCAGAUUUCCAACUGUUCAACAUUUCAGUACUUUUCACCUAGGUUGCUGUUCUCUAACAUAGACCUACAGUAAAUAGCAACAUUCACAACAGGUGUCCAAGGAAAUCCACUUAUAUGGCUUUCUGAUACAUUUUCUGUCCCACUGUAAUUCUGUUGCAACCUGCUGAUGACGUUGUGCCCCUCUGAGCUUAGUAGCCACUUUCCUCUGAGAACACCCCGUUUAAAACCCCACAACGAUGAUGCACGAUCAAUCAUCUGUUUAGCGUUUGCUUUGAUCCCAUCAUCUCGAAAUGUGAACAGCAUGGUGAAGAGAACUGUUCAAAUGCUAAUUCCAACUGAACCAGUUGAGUUUUUGCCAUAUGGCUCCUCGUUGGAGAACAAGCAAAAAAUACUGAAACAUUGAACAGUUGGACAUGUGGCUCAAAAUGUUUUGAGAAGAGCGCAUUCAUUUCCCCUAUAAAAUUUAUGGCGCACUUUAGGUUAAUCGUGAAAAUUCACUCAAAAUCCGAAUCUCCCUAAAUUGUUGAGUACUGUGUAUAUUACUCUAAGCUGUCAUUUCAGCCUCUGAGUCAAACUUAUUGUGCAAAAUAAGUUAAUGAAUGGCAAGUAGGCUGCUAGUCUCUAUGGAAAAGAUUAAAAAAAAAAAAAAAAAAUCACACCAUGCCUUACACAGCCCCACUGCACCUCCACUUUGAACAAGUGGUGAAAAUGAAUGUCUGCGUAGUACUCACUGCUACCACUCCUGUUGGCCCCAAAAGAGAGAUGUUGGUCCUGAGGAUGCUUAUGGAAUACCUGCUUUUUUUUUUUUUUGCAUGCCUCCGUGCUUUGUGCACUGCUCUUUCACUCCUCCCACGUUCUCGGUCUUUUAGCAACUCAAUUGGUAAUAUUUUAUAUCAUUAAAUAUGUUUGACUGAAUGAGAGUGAAUGCUUGAGAGUGUAUCUUUUAGCUCUUGAUUAUUGGUUUCGUGCCAGGUCCUGGUACUACGAGGACCAGGUCACAGCGGUUUAUUUAAUUUAUUAUUGUUAUUAUUAUAUAUAUUUUUUUUUACUCUUUCAUUUGCUUUCCUAUUGUGCACACCAACAGAAAAAGUGCUGGAUUUGAAAUUAAAAAAGGAAGAGGGUGAUAAUGUUCCUAGUGAAUUCUGUGGCAUCUGGAACAAUAGUCUAUAAUAAUAAUAAUAAUAAUGUUUUUAACACCAAGAAGAGUGAGUGUGCUCAGAACCACCUGCUCCUGUGUCCUGGUUUUCCAUGGCACUGGAACUUCUGUCCACCAGGCACUAUAGAGGUCUGUUUAGGGUUAUUUACUACUGAAUUCUCAGUUCUGUACAGAAGAUGAAUAUAUGAUUGCAUGGAAUUGUGUGACUGUAAUAAUAACCUAUACAGUACAUAGAUUGUUUGGAGGGAUAGCAAUGAAUGAAUGACUUUUCUUUUUCUCCUUUCACCACUUCUUACUGUUUUUGCAGGCUAGACAAAUAUGUAUCUUUUUAGGGAAGGGUUUACAUUCUUUUGCGGUUUUGUGAUUGACUGUAGGGGAAGAAUCCGGUGUCAAGCUCAAGAAUCAUUGCUUACUCUGGUAUCCUGAUCAUUUCACUGUGUUGUUCUGAGAAUGAUCGAAAAUUUGUGAAUGGAUUGUGUGGUUAACGCUGAGCAAGUGGCAGUAAUGGAUUCUGGGUAAUGAAGUUUUUUUUUUUUUUUUUUUGACUGUACUGUACAGUGAAGAGUUUGUGGAUGCAGGCUCUAGAGAAUGAUGACAGUCAUUAAAAAUCGUGACACCUGAUCGGACUGCCAUCGAGGUACUCCUACUAUUUCCGAUCACCUGGUUUUCCAACAGUAGUGGCCCAAUAAUGUUCAAAUCAAUGAAAUCUAACAGUUUUAAGAAAACGUCUCUAGAGCCUGACAUCUACCUCUGAAAAUGGAAAAGAUGGUCUGUAUUGCCUUGUUAAUAAUGAACGUGGACACAUAAUUUUAUAUAAAACAAAGAUGUGGAAAUAAAGAUUAUUUAUCUUA